AUGCUGCAAGUGGAAAUGAUCAUAUUCGUCUGCCUGAUCCUUUGGAUGUGUGUAUUUAGCCAAGAGCCGAGCUCCAAGGUGAUGGCCGACCGCUACGCCGUCUACUGGAACCGAACCAACCCCAGGUUCCACCGUGGAGACUACCACAUCGACGUCUGCAUAAACGACUACCUGGACGUCUACUGCCCGCACUACGAGGACUCGGUUCCUGAGGAAAGGACAGAGCGCUACGUCCUCUACAUGGUGAACUACGACGGCUACAGCACCUGCGACGACACAGCCAAGGGCUUCAAGCGCUGGGAGUGCAACAGGCCGCACUCCCCCAACGGGCCCCUAAAGUUCUCAGAGAAGUUCCAGCUCUUCACACCCUUUUCCCUGGGUUUCGAGUUCCGGCCGGGCCGAGAGUAUUAUUACAUAUCAUCCAUGGUUACAGAGACUGGAAGAAAAGGCUGUCUUAAGCUGAAAGUCUUUGUCAGACCAGCAAACAGCUGUGUGAAAAUCAUAGGCGUUCACGAUCGAGUUUUUGACGUUAACGACAAAGUAGACAAUUCAUUAGAACCAAGAGAUGACACCAGUCACGAGUCAGCCGAACCAUCUCGGAGCGAUGCGGCUAAUUCAGGGCAUGGGCCCCUUCUGCCUGGCCCCCUAGUGGCUCUUCUCCUCUGCGCCUCUGCACUGCUCACCUUAUAGCCCCCCAUCUCCUUUCUCCCAGACGAGCCCCUACAGCCCCCGCUGCCCCUUUCCCAAGAGGCCAGAAGCCUUACACAGGCCAGGGCCACGGGAGGGCUCCCAGACUCUCCAGGAGCACUACUUUUGGUCCUCUUUUUUUGUUUUUCCAAAUAUUUAAGUGGUCUUUCUCAGUCUGUGAUUAAGGAGAAAAAAUUGAUUAGUAGUGCAAAGGAGAAAAGCUUUUAGCUAAUCAGCUGAGAUGCUCUAAUCGUGAUGCAACAUCCGGUCACUGGGGAUCAGAGCUCAGGGGGCGGAGCGGCUCCACAUUUAGAAAAAGUGUGGUUUUAAGUUAACACUAUUCAAACGAACAGAUGUAAAUGUCUUUGUUGAGGAUACGCCCCAGUACAAAUCUCCUAGCUCUAUUGUUAGAGGACUAGUUGCCUGUUUUCUCCUAUCGGCCUUCACCUAACAGUUCGCAGAAGUUCACCAGAUUGUCAAGCUCUAGAUUUGGCUAAAACUAUGUCUAACUGGAUGGCAGAAAGUCUGGACACUGCACUCCAGAAAAGAGAAAAAAACCUGCCUGGUCAUGUGGGCCAGUUGAUCCUGGUGUCUGUAUGUGUGUGCGUGUGUGUGCUCGCUAACUGACGUACUUUAUUCGAUUGAAAUUGAGGAGGAAGAUAAGACACAUAUUUAUUCUCUGCGAUUGAGGACUUGUCUUAGUAGACCACACCACUAAAAAAACAGUGCUUUUGUAUUUUGUAGGAUAAACUUAACUGCAGCAUAAAUACCUAUAUUUUUCCUAUGACCUUUUAUCUAUUGAUAUGAAAUAUCAACGUUAACGAAUCAUCAAAACUCUUUGUCAUCAUGACUGCGUAUGUCCACCUCUGUAUAUACAGUACCACAAGGGGCUGCACAUGGCGUUCACUGUCCCCCUCUUACCCUCCCCAUCCAAUAAUUUCCUGGACGGGGAAAAAACACUGGCUUUGCAAGCAAGAUGAAUAUCUACAACAUCCAGUAUUCGAAACCGUUCAUCUGCUGUUUUCAUCGACUGCACAUUGAAAUAGCCGCUAACUAGUGUCUCAUAUUCUUCUAUGACGUUAACAAGGAUACUAAGUUAAGCUUAGGUACUUUGUGAUCCCACUCUUUGCCUUCUGCAUGGCAGCCUUUGCUAUGAAUUUGUUGCUUUGUCAGUUAGAAGGACUAGGCUGGAGUUGUGAGCGUGCCCAGUUACACCUCCUACUGUUUCCAGUUUAAGUGACUCUUUAAUGAGGUUCAAAACGGCAGGCAUGCGGAGCCCAUGUUGUGGCGGGCGAGAUAUUUGCGGUAUUAAAAAUAGGUGGUCAGAGGCAUGGGCAGUGCCGAGGGAGACUCAGAUUUCACAGGGGCGACUUCUUUUUUUCGACCUUGCAGCCAGAGUGUUCUCUGUGGGGCAAGUACACAGGGAAAAGAAACGUGCUGGGGAGGGCUUGAGGGAAGUGGGUACUUGGCCCUCAUAAGAAUAAACAAUAUUGGGGAGUUUUCAAACAGUCUGAAAUUGUAUAUUUGUUUCUGCCUUUCUAAUUCUCAGUGGGCCUGUUUUUUUUUUUUCUCCGCUGUCUCUGAUACUGGAGAGGAGGUGCUCUGUUUGUUUGGUUUUUUUGAAUGGUAACAAAGCUAUUUCAGGAGAAUAGCAGCUUGGGUUAAAAGUCAUUCAGAAGAGGGAAAAUGCCACCAUAUGUGCUUAGUUUCAUGGUUUACAUCGAAAAACUAUGGAAACCUUUGGAACUCAGUUUCAAUAGUAUUUGUAUUGCUAUCAUUUAUACUCUGAUUAUAACUCUUAUCAUUGUUACCAUACUUUGUACACGCUUUGAACUGGGAAACAAGGCUCAAUUCGUUUAAAUGGAUACCGUGUAUCCUGAAGUAGUCGACAAAUAAUAACAUGUAGUGUUAGAUUAGUACUUGUUUUUGCACCUUUCUGGAGGUCAAAAAGGAGACGUCAUUAAACAACAACAAAAAGAACAGCAAUGACAACUAUUAUUAUUAUUAUUAUUAUUAUUAGUAUUAUUAAUAUUAUUAUUACUAUUAUUAUUGAUAUCAUGCAAGCUGUUGUAUAUAGUGUUUGAUAUGGAGGUAUUAAUUUGAUUAUGUCUUUUCUUAAAAAAACAAAAGCCAAAAAAAAAAAAAGAA